GCUCAAGUUGCUUUUUUGAGUGGAGCAGUGAGUGGAAUACAGCAGCCCAGAGAGUGACAGAUGAAUUAUCAGAGGGGAGUACCAGCGGCAGGCAAGGAUAAGCCAAGGUCAGGAACUCUGCAUGUGACCCAACCUGAAUCUGGAGGCUUUUGUCAUCAUGGUCUGUGAGAGAGAGGCCCACCUAGAGCCUCAUAUCUACUGAACAGAGGGAAUAUGGAAGACAAAGAAACAUCUGGGAAAGAUCUGAUGGAGCAGGAGAAACCCUGUUGUGAUGGAAAUCCUGAGCAGAUGAUUGAGAUGACUGAGAGCGCCAAGGAAGUAGAAUCUGCCUGUGAAGAAAAAUAUGAGCAGGCGAAUUUUGCUCCUGAAGCACAGAAUACCCCUUUAUGGAAAUACAUUGUGGGUUCUGUCGCAUUAUUUAUCGUAAUCACCUUCCUGGUCAUCUUUGCAGAUGUACUAGCAAGAAAAAGAGCUGAGCCUGUCCUGCCUUGUCACUCUGUCCCGCUUUGUCACUCUGUCCCGCCUUGCCCAACUGACUGGAUUAGAUCUCGAGGAAUGUGCUAUUACUUUUCAAAAGAAAAAAGGAACUGGACCUCCAGCCAGAGUUUCUGCUUGUCACAGGAGGCCUCCUUGAUCACGUUUAAUCCCAGCCUGGAAAAGGAUUUUGUGAUGACUCACAAAGGCAAAGCCCCUUUUUGGAUUGGUCUCAAAAGAGAGCCAAAUGAGCCCUGGAAAUGGACCAAUGGAGAAAAUUCAACGCUGGAAAUAAUUGGAGAAGGACAUUGUGUUUAUCUAAACAAUCAAGCCACUCCUGUCUCCUUAAGAUGCCGCACAGAACUCUUUUGGAUCUGCCGGAAAGCUGAAGCAAGCUGAAGAGGAAGAAAUAACAUGGACAGAGGGUGGCUUUGGGAGAGAGGGUGUCAAGUAGGCACCCCUAAAUAUGUGGGGUACUUCAAGGGGCAAUCCUCUCCCCAAUGCUAUUUGACUUCUAUAUGAGUUCCCUCACCCAGCUGGUGCAGAGUUUCGGGCUGGGGUGCCAUCAGUAUGCUGAUGACACCAGGUGUAUCUGUGAAUGGAUGGCCACCCAGUUCCCUCCCCGCAUAAUUCAGCCACGGGUUUGGAGGCCGUGGUGGGAGGGUUUAAAAAGAGCUGGCUGAGACUGAACCCAACAAUGACGGAAGUUCUGUGGCUGGGGGGUGGGGGUCAGGAUUGGGGCACAGACUUCCCACCCUUGAUGUGGCACCACUGACACCGGUGAAAGCUGUCAAGAAUUUGGGCAUGGUCCUGGACACCUCCUUAUCGAUGGAGGUGUCAAGAAGUUUGGUUCAUUCAAAAAGGAGUUCUGUUCUAAAAAGUUUGGUUCAGCCUGGCUGAGGCCUGAAAUUGUUUGUCUCUGUCUCCAGAGUUUCACACAGUUGUGCUAGGAAGAGCAUAGUGUGGCCUUGCACCUGCAAGAUAAGAUGUUCUUCUCCAGCUUAGUUCUCCAAUUAACACUCCAUUCAAUUAGCCUGUAGGAGGCAGGGGAGGAGUGCGCUGCAGAUCACCCCACUGCCCUUCUGACAUGGACAGAGAACCAAUGAAAUCAUCCUGUUGCUGAUUGGUUUACCUGUAACCAGUGUUCCCUCUAAGCUGAGUUAGUGUGAGCUAGCUCAUAGUUUUU